AUGAAUGCUCAGAAACUAGUGCAAAUACCUAAUACUUGGGUUUUUUUUAUUCAAGAGUUGAGGCUGAGGAAGCGCCUUCAGGAGAUUAUACCAUUAAAUGCUGGAAACAUAUUUGGUGCUGACGAUAGUCGUCUAGUUUCAAAGUGGGAAAACAUAAUUCGUGAAAAUCUGAACAAAAUUCCUCCAGUGACUAAGCUUAAAUGCUAUAGUGAUCAUGCUUCUCCGUCCAGGUUUAAGCCAUCUGAAGAUGCCCUAGAUAUUGAAGAUGAAAUUUUACUUGAAUCAGACAGUGAUUUAGAGGAGAAAAUCUACCUAUUGGAUGAAGAACCAAACAAUCUUGAUGAAAUCAAGGAUGGAAUGGUUGGAGGAGAAAACUUCAUUGAUGUUGAUACCUUGGUGUCCAAAGUGGAGCAACGACAAUUUUAUUCUCCAAAGAGACUCAACUAA